GAGAGAGACAGGGAGGCGCGCGUGAGAUGCACGGUCCGAGAUGAGCUCGGCAGAGAGCUGAGCUCGCCGCCUCGAGAGAGCAGCAUCGAUUCGCGCGCGUAGCGCGCGCGCACAUACACACAUAGCGGCGCCGCGUUUAACCCCUGUGUGUGUGCUCGCUGUCUCUCUCUCUCUCACCUCCGCUCUCCGUUCUGGGCGAGGGGGAGAGAGCGCGAUUUUCAAGAAGACAGCGAGAAGAGACGGGGAGCGAGUAGCAAGACCGGCGAGGGAUAGCUCCGGCUUCUCAACCACCCCCAUCCCCUUCGCUCCCCCUCCGCUCCCCCUCCACUGUGGGACAGCGCACCGCAGUGGAGGGAGCGUCCUGCCCGGCACGCUACGGCCGGGGAGAGAGCCGUGGGAUCCCCCUUUUGCUUGACGCGGCGGGGAGUUGCGCAGCGAUGGGAAGGAGCUCCUCGUGAAAGACAUCACCAUCAGCAGCAGCAUCAUCAUCAGCAUCAACAUCGUCGUAAUAAUAAUCAUCAUCAUCAUCGUCGUCGUCGUCAUCAUCGCACUCCAGGUUGCGGCGAGCUGAGCCAGCGCUUUCGACGGGACUGGAUCGGUAGCGGAUUGCUGGGAUUGAAUCCCGCGAUACAAAGAUCAGCAGGAAACAAUAAAAAGGAGAGCCGUCGGCUGUUUGGAAGCGAGACGAAGGGUGAACGCUCAGUCGCAGCGAUAGACGUCCGCGCUCGCCCGCUCGCCCGCUCGGCUUGCCUCGGCUGACUUUUGAAGGAUCGCCCUCGCCUGGUCUCCCGUACAACCAAACAAGUGUCUUGUGUGCCGUCUGUUCCCUGCAAAGUGAAAGCAACCCCGCCGACGCAUGUUAUGCCCAUUCUGCCUGCUCGGCGACUCGCGACGUUGAGAAGCGCCCAGUACCUUUGGAUAAAAGGGUGCAGGUGAAGAGAAGCGCGCGGGGAUGAGGGAACCCACGAGCCAGCGGCUGCGGCCGCCGCCGCUGCUGCUGCUGCUUUUGCUGCUGUCCCUGGUGCCGGGACGCGCCGAUGAAGUCAAUUACCGCGUGUUCGAAGAGCUGCCCGCGAACAAGCUGAUCGGAAACCUGGCUCGGGAUCUGAACCUGCGCUCCCUGGGGCCCGGCCUCACCUACAAGAUAGUGUCCAAGUACGAGGGCUCGCCGCUGGUGCGCGUGCGCAACGACACCGGGGAGCUGUUCACGACGGCGACGCGCAUCGACCGCGAGCAGCUGUGCCCCGACGUGGCGGAUGAGGAGGCCGGCUGCUACCACGAGGUGCAGGUGGUCGUGCUGCCCAACCAGUACUUCAGGCUCAUCAAGGUGAAGAUCCUCGUGGAGGACAUCAACGACAACGCGCCCAGCUUCCCGUCGCCCGUCAUCAACCUCACCAUCGCCGAGAACAUGCCGGUGGGCACGCGCUUCUCGCUGCAGGCCGCGGGCGACCCGGACGCCGGCCUCAACGGCAUCCAGCGGUACGCGCUCACCGACACGGGCAACGCCUUCACGCUCGAGGUGAUAGAGGGCGCCGACGGGGAGAAAUCGCCGCAGCUGCUCAUCCGCGGCAGCCUGGACCGCGAGCGCAAGGAGGUGUACGAGAUGAAGCUGAAGGCGGAGGACGGGGGAGACCCGCCGCGCUCCAGCACCGCCAUCCUGCGCGUGACCAUCACAGACGUGAACGACAACCACCCCGUGUUCGAGCAGUCGCAGAUCGAGGUGAAGAUCCCGGAGAACACCCCCAUCGGCACCCCGGUCAUCCAACUGCGCGCCACCGACGCGGACCUGGGCUCGAACGCCGAGGUGACGUACUCGUACAGCGGCCGCGUGUCGUCUCCGGCGCGUCGCCUCUUCCAGCUGGAUAACCUGACGGGCGUGAUCACGGUGCGCGGGCCCCUCGACCGCGAAGACACGGCCCUUUACCGCCUCAUCGUGCUGGCCACGGACCGAGGCCCCAACCCCGUGCCGGCCACCGCCACGGUCACCGUGUCCGUGGCCGACGUGAACGACAACGCACCCUCCGUGGCGGUGCACGACAUCAUCUCGCCCGUCGACGGCGUCAUUCACCUGACGGAGGCGGCGCCUCCCAACACGCCCAUCGCUCUCAUCGAGGUGAGCGACCCCGACCUUGAGCAGAACGGCCGCGUCACGUGCCGCAUCGAGGGCGACGUUCCCUUCCAGCUGAAGCCCGCCUACCAGAACCACGAGAACCAGUUCCUGCUCGAGACCUCGGCCCUGCUCGACUUCGAGACGAAGAACGAGUACAGCGUGCGUCUCGUCGCCACCGACCUGGGCUCGCCGCGCAUGUCCAGCACGGCGACGGUGGUGGUGCGGCUACGGGACGAGAACGACAACCCGCCCGUGUUCAACCCGGGCGUGGUGGAGGCCACGGCCUACGAGAACAACGCGCCCGGCGCGCAGAUCGUCACGCUGGCCGCGGGCGACAGGGACAGCGGCAAGAACGCGCAGAUGCACUACUACCUGGGGCCCGACGCACCGCCCGCCUUCAGGUUGAACCCCAGCACCGGGGUGCUGUCCGUGGCCGAGCCCCUGGACAGGGAGGAGAGGAACCUGUACCGCUUCUCCGUGAUCGCCAGGGACAACGGCGCGCCCUCCAUGCACGGCAACGCCACGGUGGUCAUCCGCGUGCUCGACCAGAACGACAACCCGCCCAAGUUCAACAACAAAGAGUUCAACUUCUUCCUCUCGGAGAACCUGCCGCGCUUCGGCACGGUGGGUGUCAUCAGCGUGACGGACGCGGACGAGGGCAAGAACGCCCUGGUCACCUUCUCGCUGGUGGGCAACAGCGACAUCUUCACCAUCAACCCGGUGACGGGCAUGAUCCAGUCCAACAUCUCGUUCGACAGGGAGCAGAAGCCCUCCUACACGUUCCAGGUGCAGGCCGUGGACGCCGGCGAGCCGCCCAAGACCUCGUUCGCCAAGGUGACCAUCCACAUCAUGGACAUCAACGACAACGCGCCCACGGUGCUGCUGCCACCCUCCAACGCCUCCUACCGCCUCGUGACGCCGUCCACCUCGCCGGGCACCUCGGUGGCCGAGGUGAUGGCCACGGACAUCGACUCGGGCGAGAACGCGGAGUUGUCGUACAGCGUGGUGGGAGGAAACCCCUUCAACCUGUUCGCCAUCGACCAGGCGACGGGCAACAUCACGCUCACGCAGAAGCUGCUGCCCGCGCACCAGGGGCUGCACAGGCUCGUGGUGAGGGUGAACGACGCCGGCUUCCCCGAGUCGCUCUACAGCAUCGUGCUCGUGAACCUGUUCGUGAACGAGACGGUGGGCAACGCGUCCUACGUGCAGGAGCUCAUCACCAAGAGCCUCAAGUUGCCCCUGGACGUGGACGUGAUCGGGGAUGGCCUGAGCCAGUCGGACAUCAACCGCUACACGACCAUCAUUGCCAUGGUGGCGGGCGCGAUGAUCGUCAUCAUCCUGGUCAUCGUGGUGGUGCUCUUCCUGCGCUGCCGCGGCAACAGGAUGAAGAGCGGCGUGUGUCGCAGCAAGGAGAACGAGAAUUGGCUGUCGCCCAGCCAGCAGGACAAGCAGAGCAAGAACCGCAAGAAGAAGCGGAAGAAAAAGCAGCAGCAGCAGAGCCAGGUGAAGACGGCGCCCUAUAGCAUCGUGACCAUCGAGGAGCCCAAGUCGGACGACCCGACCUACCAGACCAUCAACGAGACCCUGGAAGAGCUCGAGGUGGACUGCCGCACCAUCCCGAGGCAUAACACCUUCAGGCCCGACCGCACGAGCGACAGCCCGGACCUGGCGAAGCACUACCGCUCCACGUCGCCCCAGAUGGCCGUGUCUCCGCACGCGCACACGCCGCCGCUCUCCAAGAACCAGAACGUGAUCCAGGAGCUGCCGGCGGACAACACUUUCGUGGGGCUAGGCGGCGAGUCGACGUCCAAGCGCUCGUCCACGAGCUCGGACCACUUCAGCGUGUCCGAGAGCAGCUCCCAGAGCGGCUUCAGAGCCAGCGUCCAGAAGCUCACCAAGCAGCAACAGCAGCAACAGCAGCAGCAACAGCAGCAGCAGGCUUCGCGACGGGUGAAGUUCAUGCUGGAGGAUGGCGGCACCCGCCAAGAGUGCUGUGACUCAUCACUGCAGAGUGUGGCGGACAGUGGCCUCGGAGACCCCGAGGCCACCACCACCACCACGGCGACUACCGCGGCUGUCAGCAGCGGCAGCGGCAGCAGCGCUAGCACGGCCAGUAUGGCCAGCACCAGCGCCGUAGCCGCGGGGGUCGGCAUCCUCGGCGUCGCUGGGACAGCGGUGGGCCCGGCCGGGCCUGGCGGCGUCCUGGCUGGCGGGCUGUCCGCCGCGGGGGUGGCCAAGCUGCCGGGGUCUCAGCUGACGGCGCCGCUGCUCGCCGAUUCCCACUACGAGCGCACGACGCCGGACGGAUGCACCGGACCUGCGGUGGUUCCAGCGCGCGCCGCCCUGCAGACUCCCAUCGUGGUGGCCAAGGACCUCCCGGACGUGGCGCUGCCUUCCAUGUGCUCCACCUGCACGCCCGAGUGCCAGAUGUACGGCCACUCCGACAACUGCUGGAUGCCGGCGGGCGGCGUCGGCGGAGAAGGGCCGGCCAAGUCGGGAUCGCCGCUCUCCCCGCUCUCCUCCUAUCCGCCGCCGCUGCACCGCCCCGAGUGGGACCGCCGUGACCUGGUGCCCAACGGUUCGGCGUUGUUCCACCACGGAGGUCCCAGCGGCGGCGUCGUCGGCGUCGGCGCUGGCGGGAGCGGCAACGGCGGCGGUGGCGGAGGGGGCGGCGAUGCGGUCGGCGGCGUGGGAAAGCCGAGCAGCACAAGCAAUCGGCAGGCCAACUCCUACUACAACGCCUUCUACAGCAACAACUACCGCAGGCACAACGACUUCCUCAACGAGGCAGAGGAAAUCCCGCUCGCCCGGCCCCAAGCGUACCGACCGGCCACCAUCAGCACCAUGUCCAGCCCGGACUUCAACAAGGAGCUCUAUUUGUAGCCAGCGUGAAAUUUCCGGCCCGCCGACAACUUCAUAAGCCGUCACCCCCGUCAUGUGUCUCUCACUGCAAGCUUUAGGCAACUCGAGGUAGCUUUAGUUUUGUUUCCUCCCCCCCGCCGCCCCCACCCCUCACCCCACUCGCCGUCUCCACCACCUCGUUAUUUUCAGAUUUGUCCCCAGUUUUGUUUUCGUUCCGCUAUAAACGAUCGACGUAAAGUUUCCCACUUUUUUGUUCAGAUGGGCCGGUCAAUAGAGCAGUUGAUGUGGUUUGUUAUAGCUGUGGUUCACCAAUGGCCCCGUGUUUUUCGGGGGUAUUUUUUUUUUUAAGAAACAAAGCCGCCAAUAUUAUUUGCUGCUGAAAGUCACAUUCGGACAAGUUGGACGGAUGAUUCGCCAGGGUGAAGGUCGGCAUUCAAACUGGCCAAAUGAGAGUAGAGUCUGGUAAAAAAAAAAAGUUUUUAUGGUCUUACCAACAUUCCUACGAUUUCAAGCAAUCUCAAAUCUCACGCAUAUUUUAGUUUGUUCUCACA